AUCAGUGCCAGCAAUAUCGUGCAUGCGUUUCAACAUGAUGCGGACGUCGACUGACAAGCGCUGCAGUUCACCAGUACUGCAGUCUGAGCGCAAUGAUGGAUGGGCCAGGCACUUUUAUCGUUAUGAUUAGGCUGUUAGACGCUGUUUGGUAUUAAUUCAUCCGAUUCCACGGUCAAUCAGCCUAUGCUAGUAGCUCAUGUCAUAAGUCAUCUAUGGCCAAAUGACUUGCAUAUCCAACUUGUUGGACACAAGCAACCAGUAUUCUCUGACAUUACUAGGAGAAAGAACAUACUAGCCAUUUGAUCGAACUUCCAUCGAAGGUAGAAAGUCUACAAACCGGGUGCCGAAUAACGCCUGUCCUCGGAACUUCUCGACCGACCACGAUGUUUAGAAGCGCAACUGUGAAGAUAGCCCAUAGCUCGACAAUCCCAGUUCCUGCGCUGAUAGGAAAUGAAGAGCUUAGGCCUCUACAAGAUUUGAUUGCAGCAGAGAAGAUGGUGUUGUCUUCACUACAAAGGUUGAGCUCGGACUUUUCGAAAGCUGCUGAUGCAAUGAGGACAUGGGCAAUUUCUGAAGGAGAUGAGCUUUCCGACAUAUUGAGUUCAUCCAGAACACUCCUGGCGCACUUUUCAGGGGCGCUCAACCGCUACAGCUCUAUUCAAAACGUUGUUCGAGACAAUAUGAAGGCCGUACGUACGCGUGAAGAAUCCCUUGAUGACCUUCAACGGCGGCGGCGGCGUAUUGCGGCGUCCGUAGAGAGUAUCAAGAAAAAGCUCACCCGGAUGAACAGGGAGACUAAGGCGUUCAGUGUACAGAUGGACGCACUGAGCAUUUCAUGCGAGGACAUGCGAGAUUUGGAUGCAAAAAUUGCGCAAGAACAGUCGACGAUGGCGGCUUUCAAACGUAAAUGCACAAGAAACUGGCUGACACUCAAGUUUGGAGGUCUUUCAGAGUGUUGUGAAAAGGGCAUGAUUGUAGGGGAGAUCGGGAAGCGAAUGGUAGUCGAACUUUCGGAGUCACCCAAACAGCCGUAUGUAGGGCACAAGCGAAUGACCUCAUUUCUGUCUGAAGCGCAACACCGCAUCGUACAAGUUGUAUUUUCUGGAACGCCAUCCGGCUACGAGACACACGAAACUCCGCGCCCACCAAUUUCCCAAAGUCGUCCUAAUUGCUUCAAAGACCUUCCAGAGAUUCGUGACGAGCCCUUUGCUGACGUGAUAUCCGUCGGAUACAUCCCUUCUAACACCAGCCAAUGCUCGAUUGAUCUGAUAGCUCCUGUGCACGGCCUUUCGGGAAUCGGCCCGUCGACGACUUCCAUACCAGACUACGGCUGUCAGGCAGAAUUAUCGAUGUCAUAUGCUGAGCUAUCUUCAGCUCCGCCUAGCCGCAGAAAGACGCCAGGGAGUUCCGGCAAUCGAAGCUACUCUACCUUGGCGGGGAGUAGAUCUACUCCUGGAUCCAGACUUGAUAGCAUCCCGGAAGGGGACGAGCCUUUGCCUUCACCAUCUAUAUCCAGUGACACCGGAGACGCGCGGUAUUGCCUAGGCCUGAUCGGCCCGCAUACAUCAAGUCUGGAAACCAAUUCAUCGUCGAGCAGUGCUAAUUAUGAAGAAAUGCUACGUGGGCAGUACUCGCCCUGUCCAGGUCCAUGGGUUUGAGUCAAAUGUUGUAAUACAUAUCACGCUAGUAUGCAAUUUCAUGGCAUUGAGAUGCAGGC